UAAUCGUAGCAAACAUGUUCAAACAUUCGUGUAAGUUUGUUAGUCUGUUGAAGUAAUAAAACAUACAGAUUGAAUUGAUUCAAAAUGUUACGUCGCACUCGAUCCUCUACCAAAGAUCAACAGCCGAGCCCUGUGACGCAAAACAAAGCGGUCAAAGCUUCCGGAAAAUUGAAGAACAUUACCAACACGGUAAGGAUGUCAACCGAACAGGCGGACGAACCAACCAGUAAACACCCGAGUGAACCGCCUCGCAAAAAGAAAAGACCAAACUCGAUCGCAGGACAGAGCACCAGCCAACCGGAAUUGGUAGCAUUCGAAAAGCUUCGAGUGGUGCUGGGCCGUCACUAUUUCGAUGUUUGCCAGCGGCUUGUGCUGGAUUACGUGCCGCGGUGCGUUAAGAAGGUGACGGAAUGUGCGCAGCUCCAUGCCAACAAACGUAGCCCCCGGACGAAACGCGUCGGUUUGAUGCGGCAGAACCACACGCUCGAGCAAAUUCCGGAACAACGACCGGACCAGUUUGUUGAAUUCCUCUACCAAGCGCUGAUGCGAAACGAAUUCAUCGACAGUGAGCUGUUCGGGGCCGGGUUGCAGCUGAUUCUUACCAUCAAUCGACCGUCGACGGAGCUCCAGGUCGAUUACGAUGUGCUGAACAUCGUGAGUGGAACCACCGAUGCGCUGUUGAAGUGCCUGGAGCGGUUUCCUCCUUGUCGUUGGGAUUUGCGUGCUGCGUAUCAGGACAUUUUAUUCGCUCACCUGGACGCGGAUUGUUUUAAAAAGUGCGACCGAAAGGAGGGUCUCUUUCGGAACAUUAUUCACCUUCUCGAGUUUUGCAUCGAAAGCGGUGAUCCGGAGCAAUCAAGCAGUCGGUCCAAGCAUCGUAAAGGGACGAAAAAAGCUGACCACGAGGAGGAUAUUUUCUUCUCGAACUACAACUCAUGGAUGACUCAGAACAGCCAAAUCUAUGAUUUUGACAAGUUGUCCAGAGCAGAGCGAUUCGAGAGGCUAUUUACAUCUUUACGAAUUAUAGUAACGAUGCUCGAAAUGGAUCUUGCGAUGUGGAUUUUUAGAAACCCGACCAAAACCAGACAAAACCUCUGCCUUUCCUCACGAUGUCCACUGGUGGCCCAACUCGUGUGGGACGGAGACUACGGUAGUGUUAACCUGUUCGUCAAAAAACUAUUCCAGAUGUUUAUCCACGUCAUUGCUCUACAGUAUCCUGAGGAGAAUAUCGCUAUCCUUUCGCGUUUGUUAAAUCUCGUUGCGGUUUGCGUAAAUUUGAGCGAGUUUCAACACAACGAUGGUAUGCUUCAGUAUCCUUGCUUGAAGACCAAUAGCGAGUACUUUGCGAAGCAACUGUGGAAAACGGUGGAAACCUCACCGUACUACAGUGUGAACGUUUGCCUUGAAACAAUCCACCAUACGCGAACACCUUAUGUGCUGCUGUCCCUAUCGGAAGAAUUAAUCCGGAAGCUCCACCGCCACAAUCAUCCGACGAACGUUCGCGGCUUCUUUCAACACCUUCUCUCGAGCAACUGGCUUGAAUGUGGGUUGGGAAAACGGGCCACGAAAACCGUCGCUGGAGAUCAGUCCAACAAUCCUUAUCCGGUAUUAAAUCGUCAGAAAAUCCGGACAAAAACUAGCGAAAUAACGCAACAGGAAUACGUUGAUUUGCUUUUUGUUGGACUGCGUGCCUACUGUGAUGUGUAUCAGAUUCCAGCGUAUUUCCGGGCGAUCAUGGUACAGUCUCCGAAUGACAAUCAGGUAGCAUCAGGUGAAAAUUUGGCAUCCGAUUUACUUCCGGCCAACUUACCAACGACGCCGAAAGGAUUGGAAAAGCACCUCCGCAAACAUGUGUCCAGGUUUCCCGGUAGUACGCGUAUUGUGUCAGAAGAUGUAACCGAUGAGCGGAUGAUUUUCCAAGGGGUCGCCGUCAACGGAGAGCUAGUUCUGGAGUACCGCGAAGACAUCAAGUACCUGAUGCUGAUCGAACAGCAGCUAAAAAAACUGAAAUCUCCCGAAGAGAUGGGACUAUUCCGAAAGUGGAUCACGUUCCUCUCGGAAGUUGAUCCGUCGUUAAAGAUAAACAUUAACUGAACAGCGUGAUUUUAUACACAAAAGUUGUUAUUUUAAGCUGCAUCGUAUGCACUGUAAAUGUCUUUAAUGUCAAUUCAAAAAAGUAUUUAAUCAUCAUUA